AGGUUUGUUCAACUUGGGCAAGGAGCUUGAACUGUCAAGGCAUGUCACUGAGACAAAAUGUCGCCUACGCUGGUUCGGGAGCGAUAUCGAUCCCAGGGAGGCAGGGCAAGAUGGGAGGGGGCAGCGUGCAAGACCUUAGCGCCUACAUGGAGGAAUUCUGUUCGUCAGUGAAGAAUGUCCCAGCAGAGAUAAAGCGAAACUUUGCCCUCAUCAACUCUCUGGACUCGAAGGUGAUCGACUUGAAGGACAAGAUCAACCAGGAUAGUCAAGUUUACAGCUCAGCAAAGAACAGGAACUCGACGGAUAUGAUUGAACUCAAGAAAUCAAUCGACAAGAACCAAACGGAUUGCUUGCAAUAUUCAGAAGAAAAGGUCAGCACUGCACAAGCUUGUUUGGAGCUUGUUGCAUCGAAAUUGAAACAGCUUGAUGACGAUAUCAGCAACAUUGACGAAAGUCUCUUUACAAACCAGAACGACGAUGCGGAGGAAGAACCAACGGGAAGAGGCGCAGGCAGACCCAGUCUUGGUGCAAACGACAAGAAAC